GGACAACCUGAAUUGAUUCGGCAAUGAGUCAAUCAAGUGAAACAUUAUUUUGAGACGCUUCUCCUGCUGGUUGUUUGUGGUUUUGAGGACGGCUCUUUCAUUGUAAUUGUUCGGUGAGGCUUUAACCUGAAGGCAAUGUCAGGAAAGGGAAGCAGCAGUGUCAUCCAGACACAAAAGCUGGUGGACCAACUGCGGGUGGAAGCGACCAUGGAGAGAAUCAAGAUAUCCUUAACAGCAGCCGACUUGGUCCAAUACUGUCAGGACCACAGACACAGUGACCCCCUGAUCUCCGGCUUCGCUGCCUCGUCCAAUCCUUUCAAAGAGAAGAAAACCUGUGUGCUGCUGUAACAGCUGUGAAAGCUACAUCGUGGAUGUUCAUCUUCA